CUGUGUAAACAACUUCUUUCUAUUUCUUUUGGCUAAGACAAGUCACAAGAUGAAAGCACUUAUAUUAACAAUACAUGUAGUUGCAGUAGUAUUGAGCUGUAACAGUUAUAGAGCAGAUGCUGAAGAUGUCAAGAAAGUCCACAUCAUAUUUAUGAAUCAUUUAGAUGUAGGAUAUGAUGGGUUGCUGCCAGAAGAAUUGGGCUUUAUUAAUAAUGUCCUCAAUAAAUACUUUGUUGAGUAUUUCCCAAGAGCCAUCAGAUUAUCAGAACAGCUAAGGAUGCUGGGAUAUUAUGAGAAGUUUAUAUACACAACCCAUCCAUGGCUAGUGUCCCUUUACUUGAACUGUCCACCUAAUCUUAUUUUAUCUGGUAUAAAGUUAAAGUGUCCAAAUACAACUGAAUUGAGCUCAUUUGUAAAUGCUGUGAAGCAAGGAGACAUCACAUGGCAUGCUGGACCAAUGAAUAUGCAGUUUGAGGUUAUGGAUGUAGAACUUGCUAGAUUUGGGAUCAAGUUGAGUAAGGAUUUGGAUGACAAAAUGAACAUUGUCAGGAAAUUCAGAACACUAAGCCAAAGAGAUGUACCAGCAAUGACACAGGGCAUUGUGCCUAUUUUAGAAGAGGAGGGUGUGGCAGCCAUCAAUGUGGGUGUCAAUACAGUUACAGCCCCUCCUGCUGUCCCUCCAAUUUUCAGAUGGAAAUUCCAGAACUCCUCUGUAAUAGGAAUAUGGCAUCCAGGUGGCUAUCCUGAUAAUCCUGGAAAAAACCCUGCUACUCCUGGAGGGUUAUCUAGACAUAAUUGUGCAACAUUCCCUGGCUUUGACCAUGCACUUUGCUUUGGUUUUAGGACAGAUAAUAGUGGACCUCCAAUGAACAUUGCUGAAGUAUUAUUAUACUAUGAGAUAGCCAGAUCACAGUUUCCUGGAGCUGAUGUACAGGCAACACCAUUUGAAGAUUUUGUUGAAGCUCUUCAGCCAAUCAAAGACAAGCUUCCUAUUAUUGAUAAAGAGUUUGGAGAUACAUGGAUAGAAGGAACAGGAUCUGAUCCCAGGAAAGUUGCUGAAAUGAGGGCUUUGAUGAGAGCUAGAUCUAAAUGUUUAGAAAUAGAAACUGGUUGUUCCUUGUCAGACAGUAGAAUUUACAAUGCAAGUGUAUUGAUGUUAAAGUUAGGAGAACAUACCUGGGGUUUGAGUAGUGUGUUUGACAGUGUACAUUGGACAAAUGAUAAAUUUUAUGCCAUGCUGGACAACAAAAAGAAAAAUAUAAAUUUAACAAAUGGUGUAUUAUCCUGGCAAGAACAGAGAAACUUUAGUUAUAUGGCAAUAGAUGCCCUUGGAUCACACACCUUAGCUACACAGAUGAAGCAUGAAUUGUCGCAGAUUGAUGCCAGGAAACCUGAUAUAACUGGAUUAGUGAAAGUUGCAGACAUGUUAGCAGCACAAGAAUGUACAAAUGGUUUCUCUCUCCAGUUUGAUGAUGAAGGAACUAUAAUAAGUUUGAAGGAUCCAAUUACUAAGAGGGAAUGGGCAUCUGCAUCAAAUCCAAUAGGCAGAUUUGCAUACAAGUCUUUAAACCAAUCAGAUUUUGACUACUUUAAUGGCAGCUAUCCAUAUUCUAAACAUUUCCAAUUGGGAAUAGGAAAACCCAAUAUGUCAGCUAAUGCAAAACCAGAGAGUAAAAUAUGGAAGAUGAAAAUGACAGAUCUCUUCAAAGGUUCAAAGUGUAACUUUGUAAUGAUGGCAACCUUUGUGGACCAUUCCUGUAUGUCAGACUAUGGCUGUCCAGUAUCUAUUACUGUAGAAUAUAAUGCUGAAAUCAACCAAAACACUGGCCAAGGUGGUGUAGACAUUACCUUACAGUGGUUUAAGAAAGCACCAACCAGGCUACCAGAAUCUAUAUACUUUGUAUUUCAACCAGUACAGAAUACAGACAUGUCAUGGAAACUUCACAAACUAGGACAGAUGAUUGACCCUUUAAAUGUUAUACUCAAUGGCAGUCAGAGGCAGCAUGCUGUAGACAAAGGAGUAUACUACACAGACAGUAAUUGUAAAGGACUAGAGAUAUUAUCUUAUGAUGUAGCACUGGUGAAUGUACUGACUCCACAGCAUUAUGUCAGUCCUAUACCACUACCCUUAAAACCAUUAAAGGAGGUCAAUGGAAUGGCGUUUAACUUGUAUAACAAUAUAUGGGAUGUUAAUUGGAUAUUCUGGUACCCCUAUGAAAAGAGAGAUCUUGAUCAAAAAUUCAGAUUUAGAAUCAAUAUUUCCUAGAUUCAUAUCAAUUGUUUAACAAGCUUCUUUUUAUAGCAAUUCCAUGUUUUUAUAUCUUUUUUUAAUCAUAUAUAAUAUAUUUUUCUGUUUAUCCUCCUUGUCUCAUGAGUUUUUGUGCUAUUAAGAGUGCAUUGUGAUGUCACAAUUUCCAUUUAAAAAGCAUGCAUAAUACAAAUUCAUAUGAUGUAAUAAAACUUAUGAUCUGACCAUAAACUUGUUAAUCUCUUGAUCUGUAAAGGAGAGUCUGAGACUUCCAAUUUAUCAAAAUCUCUCAAUAAUGUCUUAGAAAGACAUAGUUAUUUAUUUUUUCUUUAUGAAAAAUAGUAUAUAGAGCAUGGAAUCGUUCUCUAUAUUCUUUGUUCUAGUUUCCACAAAAUCAAAGAAAAUCCAUAAAAAUUGUUAUCUCUUUUGUGCUGUUGUUUACAUUUGUUGUUUUUAUAUUCAAAUAAAAAAAUAUAUUUGUACCAAUGUUAAUGUAUAUAUGUUAAGAUAUGAUUUGUUUGUUUUGGAGGUUUCAUAACUUACGCAUGAUAUCACUCAUAUCAGUGGUGGAUCCAGGAAUAAAAAAGGGGGGGAGUGUAAAGCCCCUCUUGGCUUUUCCUUUAUUAUUUUGAAUGUCAUCUGUAUUUUCGUUUUUUCAAGCCAUAUUUAAUUUUUGCAAAUGUUAGAUAUAUGUUUAAAUUUGUGUUAUUUGUUUUCAAUGUUUAAAACAGAAACUUAAACAUUCCAAAUAGAACAUAUAAUAGUUCUUGUGCUUUUUUUCCUCUUGAUAUAUAUUGAUAUAGAUUGAUUGGUUCUUUGGUGUUUAACAUUUUUUAAAAAGUAAAAUCAAAUUGUUUUUCUUGAAAUGAUAAUGGAAACUCAAAGACUUUUGAUUCAAUAAGUUACGAUUUAAAAUGAUUUAAUUUGUUUUAAAUUGAAGUUUAAUGAACAACUAAGUUGUUAAUGUAUCUGCAUGGCUUUUUUUUAUAAGUAUACUUGCACCUACAAGUCUGAAUAGUGGUUUCCUGUUUUAGGAAACAAGUUUUCACAGCAUUUGUUAUUUUAAAUCUAAUAAAGCAUAAAAUUUCUAAAUUUAACCUUUAGAUGUGGAAUAUUUUAGAAAUGUUUUGGAAAAGGAGAUACAUCAUGAAAACUAUUUUUGAAAGUUGUAAGCUAUGCAUAAUAUGUAAGGAUACUUCAAUGCUAAAAAUCAAAAUUUGUAAAAACACUUAUAUUCUAAUUUUGUAAUUUUUAUUAUAAAUUUGAUCAGUUAACCUUCCGAUAAUAUGUGUGUGCCUGAUUCUAUGUAGAGUUGUACUUCAUUAUAUGUAUUGUUAUUUUUUUUAUAUGUUAUAUCAGGGUUUUUUUAAAUGUCUUUAUGAUAUUUGUACUGCAGAUAUGGAAAUAUAUUUCGUAUUGUUACUUUGGGGUAAAGAUUGCCUAAAAUUCAAUCAAAAAUCCAUGGUACUGACCUGACAUUAAUAAAGGCAACAGUAGGAUACCGCUGUUCAAAACUCAUAAAUCCAUGGACAAAAAACUAAAUCGAAGUAACAAACUAAAACUGAGGGAUUAAACUCUUCCAAGGUUUAUUACUACUUUUGAGAUACAAAAAAUAUAGUGCGUUGGUUAUAACAUCCUAUCCAUGAUCACUUCCAGAAAAUUAUUAAUGAAAUGUAUGCUCAGAUAUUGAAAUUACAAAACGAUAUUUUACUUGUCAAGAAAAUUCCAUAACAUGUGCAAGGUGCAGGAAUCUAAUAAUUGUUUUAGAAAUUUAAAAUGAUAACAUUGAUAAAGUAAUCUUUAAAAUUGGAAUUAUCUUUCUUUUGUUCAUACUUUUAGUACAAUCAAUGCUUUUACAAUGUUUAAUUUUAUUUCCCACUGUUAAAUUAAAGCAAUCUUUACCCGUCGGUGUUUACAAGCACUUUGAUUAUUGUGAUAAUGUUCAAUCUAGUAAAUGAUUUUUAAAAAAAUAAUUUAAGGUGGAACACAACACUUACACUAAAAUUAAUUUGGCUCGUUUAAUUUUCAUAAAAUUUUGUCAAAUUAUUUACUUUGACCCUUUAACAAAAAUAUAAAAAUUUCAAAAUUUUUGAACCAACCGUUUUGUCAGAAGAAAUACACUGGCAGUUUGACAAACAACAAUUUUCAUCAUUGAGAAGCUUACUAUUCCUUUUACAACACAUCGUAAUUAAAACGUUUAGCUGACUUUACAGAGUUAUCUUCCUGUAGUGUUAGGUACCACCUUAAACAUCACAAGAAAAGAGAAAGCAGUAUCAACAGAAUGCUUAAUUCAAGUGUGAAAUGUACGAUAAAGACAUUGUCUCUGAUAUUUGUUUACAAGCAGGGACAAUGUUCCAACAUCUAUAUAAUUUACAUUAAGGACAGAGCUAAUGAAAUAUUCUUAUAUUUUGUAUGGAUCGAGCCAAAUAAAUUUGAGUGAAAGUGUUGAAUACAGGCGGGGAUCCAGAGGGGGGGUUCCAGGGGUUGCCCCCCCCCCUUUUUUGUGUGUCGUACAAUGCAUUUGAAUGGGUACAUGUAGUUGGAACCCCCCCUUUGUCCUGAAAAAGGCCCCCCCCCCAUUUUUUAAAUGGCUGGAUCCGCCCCUGGGGUACCACCUUAAAGUAAAUAAAAUUGUCCUCAAAAAUGCUUACUGUUACAAACAAUUGUGUCUAAACCUAUCUAGGCAAUCUUCCAGUUAAGAAAUCAUAAAUGUACUCUUUGAAUUUAAAAAGGAGUAAGUUCCAUAAGGUUCAACUUUGGGACAAUUAUUCAAUGUUUCAGCAUAAAAUGUAUUAUAAGCUGACGAAAAGACAUGUGAGAAAGUUAAAUGAUUUUUUUUUGGCUGAAGAUUUCAUUUUUAAGCAUAUAUUUUUGCAUCCAAAAUAGGUUACAAAAACAGUGAUUUUUGCGAUAUUUGCUCAAAUUGUCCAGAAUUUCAACCAAAUUAAGACUUAAGGAAACAUAAAGCGCAGGCAACCACAAACAAAAUAUUCAUGCACUCUUUGGUUUAUCUCCAAAAUUUCAAUGUAAAUUUACCCAUAUUGUCAAAUUUUCAUGGAAAAUCAAAAUAAGUGCUAUUUGUGACAUCAUGAAAAGAAUGCCAAAAAAAAAAUAAUUCUCAACAAAAAGACGUUUUUCCAAUCUAGUCAUUAUAUGAUUCUUUGUUUCAUUGGUCAAUAAAUCAUACUUUCAUACCAUUUUAGGGCCUUAUUGAAACCUACACCUUUGAGUACAAGCUUAGAAUAAAGACCAUACAAUAACGUUUCAAAACUAUGAAUAACUACAAAAUAACUUAUACAAACCCUCAACAUUGAAACACAUAUUUAUGAUAGCAUGUUUCAAAUGUAUUUGUCUUGAAAAUUCCAUAUAGACUAUUAAAUAAGAAU